AUGUUUUGGCUGAGCGGCAUGGCAGGAACUGGGAAGUCAACCAUUUCUCGUACCGUCGCUCGAACUUGCGAUCAGCAGGACAAGCUUGGAGCUAGUUUCUUCUUCGAAAGAGGCGAGAUUGAUAGGGUAAAUUUGGUCAAAUUCGUGCCGACUUUAGCUCAUCAACUUGCCUCAAGAGUCUCGGGAUUUGCACAAAUCAUCAAAGAUGUACUUGAUACCAAUCCAGAGAUACUGAGCAAAGCUAUCCGUCGGCAGUUUAGUGAUCUGAUUUUGGGGCCCUUAAUCAAGAUAACGGCAUCACGGACAACUGGAAUGUCGCUAACAUUUGUGGUUGACGCUUUGGACGAAUGUGAGAGUGAAGAUGACAUAAAGCUGCUGCUUGAUAUUCUAUCUCAAGCACCCUCCAUGAACUCGUUGUACAUUCGUGUAUUUGUGACCAGCAGACCUGAAACAUCAGUGCGUCGUCAUUUUCCUUCUAACGCUGGCAUCUGUCAACCCCUGAAACUGCAUAAAAUCCCCACCGAGACCGUCCACUCCGAUAUAUCUCUCUUCCUUCACCAGGAACUCACUGAAAUUCGGGAUAACUUCAAUAAUUUAAAGGAACAAAAGAGAUUACCACAGCUAUGGCCCACAGAAGCCGUCACCCAGCAACUCACCGAUAUGGCUUCGCCCCUUUUCAUCUUUGCUGCAACUAUAUGUCGUUUUAUUGACAACUGGAGAAUGGGAGACCCCGAUGAACUACUCCAGCAAGUACUUGAUACUAUGGGCAAUGAUCAUGGUUCGCAACUGAUGCAUAUUUACUCUCCAAUUCUGCAAAAUCAAAUAGUUAACAAGGCGAAGAGAAAAGAAAUCAUUCAAAGCUUCAAGCUCAUUGUUGGCACUAUAAUCAGCCUGGUUGAGCCCUUGUCCCAGAAGGCCUUAGCAGGUCUUCUAGAUAUUGGUCUCGAGAAAGUAACGACAAGACUCCGGAAUUUACCUUCUGUUCUAGACGUCCCGGAAAACAUCGAUUUGCCAGUACGGCUACUACACCAAUCAUUCCGUGAUUAUCUUAUCAUGGAGGAGGUUGAUUUUGUGGUGGAUGAGAAACUCGCACACCAAAUCAUUGCAACCAAAUGCUUCGGCGUCAUGACCGCUCUGAAGGAGAAUAUCUGCAGUCUACAGUUUCCAGGGAUAUGUCGAUCCGAGAUUGACCGUGAACACCUUGAGCAGUGCAUACCAUCAGAGUUACAAUACGCUUGUCUUCACUGGGUGCAUCAUCAAAUUAACUCGAAACGUGAGGCGCAAGACGAUCAGAAAAUCACCAAGUUCCUGCAAGAUCAUCUCCUUCAUUGGAUUGAAGUGCUGGCAUUGAUGGGACAGUCUGGAAAUAUCCUCAUCAAUUUUGAAUCUUUGGCAAGCUGGCUAGAGCCUAGAGGUAUGGUUAUUUAG